CGCCAGUUUGUUCUAUUGAGCAGCCGCCAUCGCGUUCUCUUUUCCGCGCAAGUCGAACGGACAGCUUCUUUGCGCAGAUUCAGAAACUUUGCUGAGUUAUUUUGAUCCUGCCGUCAAACCAGGUAUCUUUACUGUGUUUUACCUAAGGCUCUCGUCUUAUUUCAGCAGUUAUGGAGCGUAGGUUGUCGAUUAAAAGUCAAACUGGCUCAAGUCGGUCUUCAUCAGGUGGGUUUAACCCAAGCUCUGUCGCAAGGCAAUUUGCAGACCCUGCAGAUGUCGCAUUCCAUAUCUCAGUCGAUGAGUCAAAUGUCGGAUGAUGAGCCAUCUUCGCCGGAGUCCACAACCUUCGAUGGGUCGGACCUGCUAAAUUCUACGGUCGGUGAUGAAGUCACAGCACAGUUAGCGGCUGCAGGGCCGGUUGGAGUCGCUGCUGCAGCGGCUAUUGCGACUGGAAAGAAGCGGAAAAGGCCACAUUCGUUUGAAACGAAUCCUUCGAUCAGAAAACGUCAACAAACUCGUCUUCUGCGGAAAUUGAGAGCGACGAUUGACGAGUAUACAACUCGAGUAGGACAGCAAGCUGUUGUGCUGUGCGUCUGCCCUGGGAAACCAAAUCCGCUUUUCAAGGUGUUUGGUGCCGUUCCUCUGGAAAAUGUGGUUAGAAACCUUAAACAGCUUGUUCUCCAAGAUCUAGAGCACGCUUUAGCAGAGCAUGCCCCUCCACCUCCCCCAGAAAAUCCAGAUAUCUACACACUACCCCCUCUUGUAAUCGAUGGUAUUCCAACUCCUGUUGACAAAAUGACCCAAGCCCAGCUCAGAGCAUUUAUUCCAAUGAUGCUGCGCUAUUCCACCGGUCGAGGAAAGCCAGGCUGGGGGAAGGAUUCAACCCGACCAGCUUGGUGGCCAUCAGAUUUGCCAUGGCAGAAUGUUCGCAGUGAUUGUCGCAGUGAAGAUGAAAAAGCCAGAAUCUCAUGGACAAAUGCCCUGCGACAGAUUGUGAAGAACUGCUACAAGUACCAUGGAAGGGAAGAUCUGUUGCCAGCUUUCUCAGAGGGAGAUGCUACACAGCACCAGUAUGUACAGCAACAGCACCAGAUGGUACAUACCAUUUCAAAUGCUGAUGGAACCGUGUCGCUGAUCCAAGUAGAUGCGUCAGGUGCUGUCAGUACUCUAUCAGAUGCGGCCACCUCGCAAACAGAAGCAACCCAAGCUGUGGCAACAUUGGCUGAAGUUGCUGCUGCAACCCAAGUAGAAGUAACUCUUCCUCAUCCAGGACAGGGUGAUGGAGUAGGAAUUGACCAAAGUGAUUUAUCACACACUGAAGCUAUUGCACAAGCAGCUGUUGCCACUCUUGCAGAAGCCACUCUUGCUGAUGGAGGGCAGAUUGUUUUACCCGAACAUGCUGCUGCUGCUGCUGCAGCAUUGGCAAAUGUCCAGGAUAACUUAAACACUUCUAACAUGGUCACCAUUCCAGUUCAGGCUGCAGCAUCUCUCAUGCAGAUUCAAACUCACCAUUUACCAGCUAGCACUCAUUCACAGUACAUCUCCGCAUCUGUUCCUCAAGUAGCGAUGGCACCUCAUUCAAUAAUUCAAACAGUGACAACCUCCACAAUGGGACAUGAAGUCCACACCCAGAUAGUGGACACAUGUGAAGGUGUCCCAGUGGCUACGCAAGCGGUAGAAGUAGUAACUCUUGAAAAUUCACAAGAUCCGAUGAACUGACAGUACCAUGAAGAUAGAAUGGGAACUAUGUACAAAAAAGGCAGGAAAAAUUAAUACACUAUGUGCAGAAAGUGUCUUGCAGAAAUGAACACAGAAAGAUAUGAUUACAUUAUUUAAAUGUUAUGUACUGCAUUUAAUUUUUAAAAAAAGAUUGAUUUGAGACUUGAUUUGAGGAUUUUUGGUUGAAAACCACUGGCAUCUCAACAUUGUUAUUUUUUAGUACUUGGUGACAUAAAUUAUUGUCAAAAGAGCAGACUGCGGACAUCUUUUACCAGAAAAAGGCAUCACCCUGUCUCAGCUGCAAUAUUCUUAAAUCAGUGUUGAUUUUUUAGAAUAAUAUUGUUGUCAUAAGCCUCUAUGGUCUGUUUUUAUUCUCAGUUAAUCUUAAGCUGGAUAAAAAGAAUACUAAUUAGAAAAACUUUCUCAGUAAUUUAACCUUUGCAUGCCCUCAGUGCUUUGAAGUGAGACAAACAAAGCUAACCAUCUUCAGGUCACAGCAAAUUGCUUAAAUCUUGGCUGCUCAUGGUAUUACCAUUAUUUGAUUUCAGUUUAUUCCAGUUCAGGGAGAAAUAAACUCUUUCCUUUUGAGUUUUGUUGUUGUUCAAAACUUGGAAAGUCCAAUUUUUCAGUCAUUUCAUUUAGAAAUCAAUAUCGCAACCUCUUCAAGAAGACAAAUGUCAAAAACAGCAAUGACAUUGUAAGGGUAAUGUUGAAUUUGACACUAAAUUUUCAUGUGAAGAACUAACUAUUCUACAAGAAAUUAUUGUUGCGUUGGAGUUAGGUUGAGAACAACUGGAAGGUAAAUUGAUCUUGUAUUUAUGAAAACACAGAAAUUACUAGGUGGUGUUUUGUAGUAACCGUGCAAAUGUACUUUGGGGUAUUUACUCUGGAAUAUUUGUGAGAAGUGACUUGUGUACCAUUUCAAUUAAAAAUUACUGGUUCGGUCUGUGUAUGACACUGA